GGGUCCCCCCGAGGGCGCAGCGGUGCCGGCGCGGCUCUUUUUCCCCCCCCUCUCUCCCCGGUUGUCGGCUCCCCGCGCGGGGUGAGGGGCGGGCAGGUGGGCGAUGAAUGGGUUCAGCACCGAGGAGGACAGCCGGGAUGGGCCGCCCGCCGCCCCCUUUUACGGCCAGAGCUGCUGCCUCAUCGACGACGGGGACCGCUGCGUGCGCCCCGCCGGCAACGCGUCCUUCAGCAAGAGGAUCCAGAAGAGCAUCUCGCAGAAGAAGCUGAAGCUGGACAUCGACAAAAGUGUGAGACAUCUGUAUAUUUGUGAUUUUCACAAGAAUUUCAUUCAGAGUGUGCGAAACAAAAGGAAGAGGAAGACGAGCGAUGAUGGAGGUGACUCUCCUGAGCACGACACGGAUGUCCCAGAGGUUGACUUGUUCCAGCUCCAAGUGAACACCCUGAGACGUUACAAGAGACAUUAUAAGUUGCAGACUAGGCCUGGCCUCAACAAGGCUCAGCUUGCAGAAACUGUCAGUCGUCACUUCAGGAAUAUUCCGGUGAAUGAGAAGGAGACACUUGCGUAUUUUAUCUACAUGGUGAAGAACAACAAGAGCAGGCUGGACCAGAAAUCAGAAGGCAGCAAGCAACUGGAUUGAAGGUUAACAAGACUUGGAAUAAGAGAGACCUUGAAGGAACAUAUGGUAUUGUGUAUUUUAGGUAUAUAAGAACUGUUAAAGUAUAUUGUAAAUUUUUUUUUUUUAAGUGCAGUGUCUGGAUGACAGAAAAAAAUAUUGACAUUCUUAUCAGGAGUAUUUGAAAACAUGUGCCCAACAUGUUUCCGAAGACUUCUUCCCCUCAUUUCAAAGUCACAUUGGAAUAAAGAAAUGAGGAUAAUGGGGAAACCAAGUAAACCUGUAAGACUGUGGAGUCUGUCAACUUGGUGUUUUAAACCAUUUCUGGACAUCUGCAUCUCAGUGCAAUUCAGAUCCCAAAUGGAAUUUUUUUCACUGAAUUCAGACUGCAUCGCAAAACACCAUGCAGUUUGUCUUGGUACAGGACUGGAAGAGCAGCAGAGAUAAAAUUCAUUAUUGAGGUGCAUGGGUCAGAAGUUUGUCUGAAGCUUGUUCCUCACCUACACAUGCUCUGUCUUGCCUUGAGUCAGUGCUUCAAGUCCCAAACUUCUACAAAUGCUCCAGCUCACCAGAUCUGCUCCAGUGAAUGCUACUUGACUAGUCUGAAAUUGAUAUAUUUUUUUUACCAGUUUUCCUCCAGACCCCAUCCGACAUGGAUGCCAACCAACUCUCUCAAUCUCUUUUUCUCAUUCCUUUUAUUUAAGAACUCACUAAUUAAAUUGUCUGUAAGAAUUUAAAAACUUCUGCAUUUCCUCAGAAGGUGGUAUUAAGGCAAACACAGCUUAUUUGCUGGGUCUGAUCAUGUUGGUAGAAAUGCUUGUUUAAUUCACUUAUAUUUCAACGAUGGUAGGUGUUGGGUCAAGACAUCAGUCUCUUAAUUUCUAUGUCAGGUCGGUAUCAGUCACAAGCUUUGUGAAUUCUAUACUGAAGCUGUAGCAAGUGUCACCAAACUGCUGUGUGGAUUCAAGGGCUCUGCAGUUUCUGUUUAGUAAAAAGCAGAGUUAUGGGUGAGGCACCGCAACCAGGGCAGUGAUCUGACGGGAGCAUUUCAUGAUGCACUUCAUCUGUCUUUGCAACAGGCAAGAAGUAUCGAAGCAUUUGCCUUUCAUGAGCAUUACAUGUGCUUUCAUGAGAGCUGUGUGAGUGAGGGUGGCACCCUGGUGCUUCCUAACUGGGCACUGUAGGAGGAGAUCACUCUGAAUUUAUGUACAACCAAGGUGUCCUUACAAGUAACAUAGUGGUUAUUUUGGCAAAAGGAGCUUAUAAAAGUAUUGGUCGUGACUG